CUUGCGGGAGUUGGUUACACAUUGUUGAUCAUUUUCCAACUCGUCGGAUUCCAACAACAACAUGACAGCCGCCGCCGCCGCCGCGCCGAAGCGAACCGUUGUCGCAUUCGUCCUGGACAACACUGGAUGGGGAUUCAACUUGGUCGUGAGCAACAUCCUGUUCUGGCUCACCGGCUUCCCCAUCUACCGCGACUACGGGUAUUCCAACGUUCACUACAACGAAAAGGGAGGGAUCCCUUCUGGCGGCGAAGGGUCUGGGGUGUUUGUUAUCACGUUGGUGCUCAUGCUCAUCUGCUAUCUUGUGUACUUUGGUCGGAUGUUUGCGUUCUUGACGUCGAAGGGCGAAAUCAAGGCCGAUUAAUGCCGCGGAUCACGAGCUCGAUAGAAUUUAAGUAACGCGAUGACACGCUUCGUCAGUGUGUGCACCCAUGCGAGACCUGCGCAUGCGCUCGUUGGAUCACGCGAUGCAGGCGUGUUGACGAAGUGACGAGGUUGGACCUGCACGACGAUGUCGCGUUGUUCAUAAACCUGGUUGCAACUGACCCAUUCCGACGCAACAUCCCACUCCAGUCACGGAAUAGCCAUGUUACGACUGUUAAGAGAAUUCAAUCCACGGAGACGCAUGGGAGACCGUUGAGGUGAUGGUAUGGUAGCCGAGCUAAUCGCGCUCGCUGAUCGCUGUCAAGUACGCAUCG